CUGAAGCAGAAAUGUUAAAUAACCUCUCCUCUCUCUCUCUCUCUUUCCUUCCCACUCUGAAACCCUAGUACUACUUCAGUAGAUUAGGGAAAUAAAGAGAAAAACCGCAGAACAAAACGAGAUCCUCCCAUAUCUUACAUAGCCUUCGUGGAGACCCUCCACCUGAUCUUAUGGAUUCUCAUAAUUUGCUCUCUCUCUCUCUCUCUGCAACUUUGCCAACAUCAAACCUCUAAUUCUUCGCUUUCCAGGCCGUUAGCUAUGGAUUCUGGUGAUAGUGGAAGCUGUAUGCAGUCUUCUAGUGGUGGUGACGAAGAGUACGAUUCACGGGCAGAGUCAGCCCCGACCUUCAUGAAUCCUCCUGUCCACUAUAGUUACAUCUCAAACCCACAGCCAUUGAUUUUUUCUCAAAACCACCAAUCCGAUUUGUUGGAUCUUUCAUCUAAUUAUCAUUAUGCUUUCUCCCAAUCUCAAGUGAACUCAAACCCCAAUUCCAUGCUAAAUCUCGAUGCGGUUCCAUGCAGAGGCCUAAGAUCUGAAGCCAAUGGCACAGACGACAUUGGAAACCUACCAGCCGCAGCCUCAUCACUAUCAGGCCAAUUCCAUUCGCAGGGUUCACGUCCAUCAUCGCUGCAGAUAAGACCCGUUCAUGACGAUGGUACUGCACGAGCUACAACACAACCCAACGUUGCCCGCAACUCCAAGAAGCGAACUAGAGCUACAAGGCGAGCUCCCACCACUGUUCUCACCACCGAUACCUCGAAUUUCAGAGCGAUGGUGCAAGAAUUCACUGGGAUUCCCUCACCACCCUUUUCAGCCUCACCUUACUCUCGCCGACCUGAUCUUUUUGGCAGUAGCUCGGCCUUGCGGUCCUCUGGUAAUUUGGGACCAGUGGGAGUACUUCAUUACCCUUUGCGUCCUUCUCCCCAAAGAGCGCACCCAUCUUCAUUUUUGUCCUCUUCUCCUUCUUUGUUGAGCAACACACUGGGUGAUGCUUCUACUAUUGCUAGUAGUACUGCUAACAAUAACCUUUCAAGACAGCCUCGAAAUAUGCGGAACGUCCAAACCCCAAUUCUGGCAUUUCAGUCUCUCCCACAGCCAUCUGAUCUUCAUCCUUCACUUAAUGUGUCUGGAUUUGGUGCACCGUCUCCCGGAAGUGUGGCGAUACCAUUUCUUGAGGAAUUGGGUAUGAGACAUGGACGUGUCAAUGCAAACCUUAGUGGGCAUCCAAAUCAUGUAUUAGCUGGAUCGAACAAUGCCAGUGAUCAAGAUCAUUUGAGGUCUUUGGAUGAUAGUUACGGUAAAUCGGCCAGUGUUGGUGGCUGUAAGUUGAACUACUCGGCAUCUCCAUCAUCGGGUUUCAUCAACCAUGAGAAGGUUUUUCUGAAUAUGUCUGCAAGGGAUGAAGGUACGGUUGAUUCGUGGAUUUGUCCUUCCGAUUAAAUUAGAAUAUAGAAUGCUACGAAUCACAUGCAGUAGUACUGUUAAUAAAAGCACGAUACGAAGAGGUUUAAUUUUGCUGCAGCGAUAAAAGUAGUGGUGGUAUUGGUCAAUCAUUUUAGCUUGAGAUAUAUAGUAACCUGAUUACCCGCCCAUCGCUUGACCUUAGCCAACUUGCGGCAUCAUAUUCAUGUCUUUCUUAAUGUUUCUUUUCAGUUUUAGUCAAAGAAUAAUAUUAUGUAAGGCAUCAUAUUAUUUUAAUUGUGUACGUAGAUAUAUAUUACGUCUUUCUUUGCUGUAAUUGAGAUUAUAUUUGCACCGGAUGCAUAUAAAACUGAGUUUUCUGGCC